UUCGCAAUUCGCAACUUCUCUCUCUCUCUCUCUCUCUCUCUGUUUUUUUUUUUAAGUAUUAAUGGAUUCUUCACUCCUACUACUCGAAGGAUCGCUCCCUUUCGAUGUGAACGAUAGCGAAGAGACGCUCCUCUACGACACGCUCGCGGAGGCGGCCACGGAGACCGUGGGGGGAUCCCGGGGCCGUGGUCGUCCCUCCGAUCGGCCGUAUAUCGGGGUCCGAAAGCGUCCUUCGGGGAAAUUCGCUGCGGAGAUACGCGACUCGGCGCGGGGCGGGGAGCGGGUGUGGCUGGGGACGUUCGAGAGCGCUGAGGCGGCCGCCCUGGCCUAUGAUCAGGCGGCGUACGCCGUGCGGGGGGCGGCCGCGGUGCUCAAUUUCCCCGUGGAGCGCGUAAAGGAGUCGCUGCGGUGGCUCGAGGAGGCGGCGGGGGGCGGGGACAGCGACGACGGUUCGCCGGUGGUGGCGCUAAAGAAGAGGCAUUUGAUCAGGAGGAGGAGGGGGGGGACCGGGGGGUCGAAAUGUAAAAAGGGCGCGGGGGAGGGGGUGAAGCGUAAUAUUUUUGAGUUUGAGGAUCUGGGCGAGGAAUAUUUGGAGGAGCUUCUAAGCGCAUCAGAGCUUGCCACGUGUUGAUUAUAGUGUACGAUUAAUUAGAGAGCUACUAUUAUUAACUGUUGUACUAAAUUUUAUUUCUUAAAUACUUAAUAAAAAUUAAGACAAAGAUUUAAUAUUUA